AUGCGGUACUUGACUCCGAUCCUCGCCGCGUUGGCGGUUGGCAUUGCUGCCGUGCCUGUACCAGCUCAAACGGCGCCUUCCCAGCCCUGCCCAUCAACCGCUCUCAAGCAAAGCCAAUCCGUAGUCUUCGGCUGGCAACUCGCCGGCUCAGCAGCCAACGCCCAAGACCUCGACCAAACCUGCUCCCACCUCCAAUCCUCUGCCAACCAAGCAACAACAUGGUCCCAGCUCGGCCUCCUCACCACAACAAUCCAAACCCCAGUCUGCAACGCCCUCGAACCCAAUGCCGAAACAGCUCUGGUCAAACUCUCCGCAGCCAACACAAAAGUCUUCACGACCCUCCUCACCUCCUCCUUCGACCAAUCCAACAAAUCCACCUUCUCCUACCUCUGCGACAAUAUCCGUUACGUCCAACUCAACGGCUUCCUUCUCGAUUCCGCCACAAUCGUAAACGCGACCUGUCAGCUGGGAGCCGAUUCUCUCCACCCACAACCCUUCACUACCAUCGGCGGCGCCACGGCCAAUCAGACUGCUGUGGAAGCGUAUAAUGACGCACAAAGCAAAUUAUUCGCGUAUACCUAUGCUGCUUCCGCCACCUCGACCGAUCAACUUCAGACUUUUUGCGCGAAUUCUGCGCAGCCGGUCAGACAGGGACGUUUUGAUCAGUUGCAGCUUGAUGCGAGUUGCGUCAAGUCGACGAUCUGCAGUGUGAAGUCGCCUUUGUCUGUGGAUGAUGCCAAGGCGCAAUUCACCAAGUGGACGAGUAUGGGCUUCUUGGCUGUGAUUCAGAAUCUUACGAACCAGCCUGGCUAUCUGAAGUGGUUGUGUCAUAAUUUGGAUGUUGGGGGUAUGGAUGGUGUGGGUUUGGAUGGCAAGUUGGUGAAGGCUCAGCGAACUAAAAAUCAAGUCUCUACGACGUAUACGCGUUAA